AAUAAAAUUAAAGAAUAACAACUAGCUAAUUUGGUAACUCAAUGGUGUUAUCACGAAGGUUAUAAUUCAUUUGCCAUUCCGUUUUAAAAGUAAAAUGUACUCAAAAUAUUUAAAAUUUAUUGGUUUUUUAAGUAUAUUCACAAUCUACUGCCAAGGAUUUGCCAAAUCUGUUCCAAAGAAAUCCUAUGCCGCCUCAACAGUGGGACUGAUGAAGCUUCUCGAGGUUGAGGAUGAUCUUGUCGAGAACAUAAAAGGUUACGUGGAAGUUCUAAAGAAAAAACUCGAUUUGGUGGAGCAAUCCCUAAUAACUAUGAGUUCUGAACACGAGCAAAUGGAUAACGAUUAUGAAAUGUACUUGGGAAAUCCAGUGAACAGCUUUCGUCUGUUACAUCGCCUACAUACGGACUGGAGGAAAUGGCAUAACUAUGCCUUAAAUACUAAUAAGUGGGAAUUAGAGCCCAUUGAGAAGGCCCACAAAAUGCGAAAGCUGAUACCCACCGCAUUGGACUUGGAAUGCGCCUGUCGCGGCAUCGACGACCUCAUGACCUUUUAUGACCUAACGCCGGAAGAAUUGGCAGCUGGCAAUUUGGCAGGAUACUCAAAGCCAGAGACAGCACUGACAGCUCAGGAUUGCUUAGCCCUUGGAGAGUUCUGCAUAGGAAAUAGAAAUAAAGAGCGUGCAGAGGCUUGGUUUAAUACCUCCCUGGCCCGUUUCGAAAACACUCUGAAAAGGUACUCAGCUCACAAGGCUUGGGGAACACUCCUGAUGAUGGACCAGGAGUUUACUGCCGCCUCUUAUCACUUCGGAAAAAAACCUGAAGAGUUGGAGCACAGCAAUGUAGAUAUGCUCUUUGAAAAUGCGAUAGCCACUAAACUGAAUUGCAGUGCUGUUGUCAAAAAACCCAGUCGACUUCUUUGCCGCUACAACAGUUCCACGACGGCCUUCACGAAGAUCGCUCCACUGAAAAUGGAGGAGCUGAGCACCGACCCCUACAUGGUGGUUUACCACGAUGUGAUCUACGACAGCGAAAUUGAUUUGAUUUUUAACUCAAGUCAGUUAUCUUUAUCCCUUAUCAGCGCGGGUCAGAAGUCGGAGGUUAGAAGCUCCAAGGACUCCUAUAUAGAUCAUACGGCAUCCGAAUUGCUUGAUAAACGGGUGACCGAUAUGACCGGCUUAAACAUGGAUGGAAGCGAAGCUUUCACGCUGAUUAACUACGGAAUAGGUGGUCAUUAUGUGCUGCACCAUGACUAUCGUAACUUGCAGAAUACGACCCGAUUGGAUGAAGGAGAUCGCAUAGCCACUGUUUUGUUUUAUCUGGGAGAUGUUGAUUCGGGGGGCGCUACCAUUUUUCCGAUGAUUAAUAUUACUGUUACUCCCAAGAAGGGAUCAGCGGUCUUCUGGUACAAUCUUCAUAACUCUGGUGCUAUGAAUGAAAAGACCCUGCACUCAGCCUGCCCAGUGAUUUCUGGUUCUAAAUACGUGCUGACAAAAUGGAUAAACGAACUGCCGCAAGCGUUCCGUACUCCAUGUAUGAACAAUUCAAAUCUUUUGCCGGAAAGCAAUGAUCUGAGAUUAGAAAAAUAUGUAGUCUAAUCUGAAAAACAGGGGAUAAUACAAUUUUUGUGCAAAUAUUAGGUUCCAGUAGAACCUGUUCAUUUUGUAUUUCAUACAAAAUUUCAUACCUAUGUUCAUAUUAUUAAACCAUAUGUUCCAUCAAACAUAUGUAUAUUAUUUUGUAUAUGUAUGUACAUUUUUGGAAACAGCCAAGUUUACUUACCGUUAUUGUUUAACAUAAAGUCUGCUAAGAAACU